CCCUCGUUUCCAUAGUUUUGGCCGGAAAAGAUGCAGAUCUUCGUCAAGACGCUCGCCGGAAAGACAAUCACUCUUGAAGUGGAGAGCAGCGACACAAUCAACAGCGUGAAAUCCAAAAUUCAAGCCAAAGAGCACAUUCCCGGCCUUUCCCCUGACCAGCAGCGCCUGAUCUUCGCCGGGAAGGAGCUGGGAGACGGGAGGACUCUGGCCGAUUACAACAUCCAGAAGGAGUCGACGGUUCACCUGGUUCUGAGGCUCAGCGGCGGCGGCGGCCUUAUAAGUGGGUUUCCGGGGAGUGCUUAAAAUCUUCUAAUUGUUAUGGAGAUUGAUAGAUGGAGUUUAGAGGAAUUUUGUCGGAUCUUUUGCUAUUAGAUAAACAUUAGACGCCAUGUAAUUAAUGACUUAGUAAAGAGAUAUCAGGAUU